GCCAACUCGAACAAGUCGAAUCUUCCAGAUUGUUCUCGCUUCACAACAUCAUCCCGCAAGGAGCUCUUGAAUCUUAGUUCUGUCACUGGCGGAGGCGUCUUUUCUUUGUGCAAGACCUGGUGGGACUUUCGCUGAUCCAUUUCAUCUCAUCUCACGUGCCACAUCUUUCAGCGCUUCGAGAAAUCUCACCAAAGGACUGCGGCAAUACCUGAAAACAUUCACCCCCUAGCCUUAUGGCUGAAUCUGCAGAGGCAAGUAAGAGCUUGCCGGAGCGUGUCAAGGAGCAGGUCGAAAAUGUCAUAUCGGACAAGAAGCCCAAGAAAGAAAAGGCGCCCAAGCAGCCCAAGCCACCCAAAGAGGCAAAGCCACCAACAGAGAAGCCUGUAAAACCUGCAAAACCCGCAAAUUCUGCCCCAUCAGCACCGGCCGACCCAGAUGCCAUGUUCAAAGAAGGCUGGUUGGCGGCAGUCCGGAAGGAACGACCAGCAGAUGAACCAGUAGUCACACGAUUUCCCCCCGAGCCGAAUGGCUAUCUCCAUAUCGGCCACAGCAAAGCUAUUGCGAUCAAUUUCGGAUUCGCCAGAUUCCAUGGUGGAAAGUGCAAUCUGCGGUACGAUGACACAAACCCCGAAGCGGAAGAAGAAAUCUAUUUCACUGCCAUUGAAGAUAUUGUGCGCUGGUUAGGUUUCAGCCCCGCUUUGAUCACCUACUCCAGCGACUUUUUCGAUCGGUUGUACGAGUUGGCCGAGAAGCUCAUCACCCUGGACGGCGCAUAUGUAUGCCACUGUACCGACGAGGAGCUCAAAGACCAGCGAGGCGGCACGGAUCCGAAGAACAAGCAUGAGAGAUACGCUUGCCCUCAUCGAAAUCGGCCAAUUGAAGAAUCACUUGCCGAGUUUCGAGCGAUGAGAGAUGGCAAAUACAAGCCCAAGGAAGCAUUUCUGCGGAUGAAGCAAGAUCUUUCGGACGGCAACCCUCAGAUGUGGGAUUUAGUUGCCUACCGUGUCCUUGAGAAGCCACAUCAUCGGACAGGCGACAAAUGGAGAAUCUAUCCUACUUACGACUUCACUCACUGUCUGUGCGAUAGUUUCGAGGGCAUUACCCAUUCGCUAUGCACGACUGAAUUUAUUCUAUCUCGAGUAUCAUACGAGUGGCUCAACAAUAAGGUCGAUGUUCCCCACAAGCCAAUGCAGAGAGAGUACGGUCGAUUGAAUGUCACGGGCACUGUCUUGUCGAAACGAAAAAUCAAAAAGCUGGUGGACGAGAAGAUUGUGGCCGGCUGGGAUGACCCCAGAUUAUACACUCUGGUUGCCCUGCGUAGGAGAGGGGUUCCUCCCGGUGCUAUCCUAUCCUUUGUCAGCGAGCUUGGGGUUACGACGGCUACUAUCAACAUUCAGAUUGUGCGAUUUGAACAGUCGAUCCGCAAGUAUCUGGAAAUGACAGUGCCUCGUCUUAUGCUUGUUCUCGAUCCCAUCCCUGUCAUUAUCGAUGAUCUGCCCGACGAUCACUACGAGGAGAUUGAAAAUGCCUUUGGCCCGAAGGACGUCAACAUGGGCUCGCACAAGUUGCCCUUCACAAAAAGGGUCUAUAUUGAGCGGGACGACUUUAGAGAGGUGGACAGCAAAGACUUCUUCCGGAUGGCACCCGGGAAGCCUGUAGGCCUAUUGAAGGUUCCUUAUCCCGUCAUUGCAACAAGCUUCAAGAAGGAUGACGCCACCGGUCUGGUCACUGAGAUACAUGCCAAGUAUGACAAGCCAGCAGAAGGCGAGAAAGUCAAGAAGCCCAAGGCCUACAUCCACUGGGUCGCCGAUGCUCCGGAACAUGGCUCACCAAUCAGAUGUGAAGUCCGCGUCUUCAACCCUCUCUUCAAGUCCGACAAUCCAGAUGCCGUAGAGCCGAGCUUUAUGGCAGACAUACGAGAAGACAGUCUCAAAGUGUACCCGAAUGCUAUGGCAGAAGUCGGAUUGAAAGAGAUCCGGGGCCGAGCUCCAUGGCCAGAGGAAGCUGGAGAGAAGAAGGACAAAUGUGGGUUUGAAUCAGUGAGGUUCCAGGCUAUGCGCACGGGAUACUUCUGUAUGGACAAAGAUACCGACGAUGCUACAGGGAAGAUUGUCCUCAAUCGGAUCGUCAGUCUGAAGGAGGAUGCUGGCAAGAGUGCAUGAUUGAUGAUGUAUGACUGUUGGGAUGGUUCUGGAGUUUGCACUCUUUACUGUGGCGAAGGGCCUUGCAAGGGACCGUGGGGACCUAAGGACAGCUUGUGACAGAUAGGUGCGGCAAGUUCACGGAAUAGAAAUCUGGGAAAUACCAAAUGAUAUGAAGACCAUGAGUCUUGUCUCCUGACCUGGCUGGUCAACUUCGCCCUCACCGUUAUACGCACGGCCGAAUGACUAAGCAGCC